CGUGGAGGCCCGGGUGGACUCUCCGGCACCUCGGCUGCCCCAUGUGUACCCCGCAGUUCUUGAUGCUGCCGGUGUUCGUCCUGAUGCUCCCUAAGGGCGCCCGGCCUCAGUCCUCUUUUUUCCCAUCGGGGGCGGUGCCCACACCUUCAGUCCUGGGGCCAGUGACGCCCGACGAGACCCCCCAGUCCUCUUCGGUGGAGACUGCUACUCCCCAGGACGUGCCUGGGAUCUUUACCGUGGAUCCUACUCCUCUGACCCCCUCAAUGCCUGGGAAUAAGACUACAGACCUCUUCCCAGUCUUACCGAUUUGUAUCUGUGACUUGACUCCUGGUGCCUGCGAUCUAAAUUGCUGCUGCGACAGGGACUGCUAUCUUCUCCAUCCGAGGACCGUUUUCUCCUUCUGCCUUCCCGGCAGCGUAAGGUCUUCAAGCUGGGUGUGUGUAGAUAACUCUCUAAUCUUCAGGAGUAAUUCCCCAUUUCCUUCAAGAGUUUUUACGGAUUCAAAUGGAAUUAGGCAGUUUUGUGUUCUCGUGAACAACUCAAAAUUAAACUAUUUCCAGAAGCUCCAAAAGGUCAACACAACCAACUUCCAGGCCCUGGCUGCAGAGUUUGGAGGCGAAUCAUUCUCUUCAGCAUUGCAAACUCAGUUGCCACCACCUUUUUACAGAGCUGGGGACCCCAUUCUGACUUACUUCCCCAAGUGGUCUGUAAUAAGUUUGCUGAGGCAGCCUGCAGGAGUGGGAGCUGGGGGACUCUGUGCCAAGAGCAAUCCUGCAGGUUUCCUAGAGAGUAAAAGUACAACCUGCACUCGUUUUUUCAAAAACCUGGCAAGUAGCUGUACCUUAGAUCCAGCACUGGAUGCUGCCUCUUACUAUAACUUCACAGUCCUGAAGAUUCCAAGAGGUAUGACUGAUCUACAAAAUAUAAAGUUCCAGGUUCCUGUAACACUUGUUUCACAGGCCAGUCCUCCCCUGUUGGUUGGAAACACUUGUCAGAAUGCUGUUUCCCAGGUCAUCUAUGAUAUAGAGACCAAUGGGACCUUUGGAAUCCAGAAGGUUUCUGUCAGUUUUGGACAAACCAGCCUGACUGUUAAGCCAGAUAUUUCCUUACAGCAAGAAUUCAUCAUUCACUUCAGGGCCUCUCAACAGAGCAUAUCUACUACUCUUACUGGUCCUAGAAGUGGGAAUCCAGGCUAUAUUGUUGGGAAGCCACUCUUGGUUCUAAGUGGUGAUACAAGUCACUCAAUGACCCUCUUGCAGAGCCAAGGAUAUGGAACUUGCUCUGUUAAGAGACAUGAAGUACAGUUUGGAGUGAAUGCAAUAUCUGGAUGCAAGUUCAGGCUGAUGGAGGCAGACUGCAGCCGCUUGCAGCAGGAGAUUUAUCAGACCCUUCAUGGAAAGCCCACACCAGAGCAUGUUGCCAUCUUUGGUAAUGCUGACCCAGCCCAGAAAGGAGGGUGGACCAGGAUCCUCAACAGGAGUUGCAAUGUUUUGGCUAUGAAUUGUACUUCCUGCUGUUUCAUACCUGUUUCCUUGGAGAUCCAGGUAUUGUGGGCAUAUGUAGGCCUUCAGUCCAAUCCACAAGCUCAAGUGUCAGGAACCAGAUUCCUAUACCAAUGCAAAACCAUACAGGAUUACCAGCAAGUAACAGAAGUACAUUUGACAACUCUUGUGAACUUUGUGGACAUUACUCAGAAGCCAGAGCCUCCAAGGGGCCAACCCAAAAUAGACUGGAAAUUGCCAUUCGACUUCUUCUUUCCCUUCAAAGUUGCAUUCAGCAGAGGGGUAGACUCUCAAAAAGGUUCAGUGUCUCCCAUCCUUAUCCUAUGCCUGUUUCUACUUGGAGUUUUCAACCUAGAGACUAUGUGAAGAAAAAGAAUAAUCAAAUUUCAAUUUUCCCUAUGGGAAGCUCUGAGGCAGCCUACUUCUCUUGGCUAAAUAAAUCCCUACCUGCUCAUUACUAAAGGAGAGCAUUUGGGUUAAUACUCAAUUCCUAUAUAAGGUAUAAAUACCUUAUAUAGAAGGUAUUUCAGAAAAGCAAUAAAAAUAUUUCUUUCAUCAUAGCUCUCUGCAGGCCACCAGGUACACACUAAGUUUCUCUACUUUUUAAGCUGGGGAGACAAAGGCCCCUCCUCCAACCCUUUCAGCUGUGUUUUGCCUGACUGAAGGUUUGCAAGGUCUUCAUCCAUCUGCUCACAGGCACAUCAGGCCCAGCAGGAAGAGGAACUCCUGCUGUCUGUCACCCAGAGUGAACUCAGGAAUGGCUGCCCUCUGGACUUCAGAGUAGCUGACUGUUCAGGCCAGAAAACUGCUGGCUAUGUAUUUGUCUGGCUCCUCUGCCAAAGUCUGGCCCCACCCUUUGCCCAGGGAUGAGUAGAAAAAGCAACUCUUUCUACUCAGUUUCCAAAGUGAAUGUUGGAAUGCCAGCUCCCUUUUCCACUGGCAAAUGACCUUACCAUUCAUUUCUGCUCAUUCCUUCCCUUCACUGUGUUGAGGGGAAAUAAAACCCAUUGAGAGCUUUGUUGCACCAAGUCCAGCAGGACAGGAGAAGUUAACAGCUCCGUGGUAUGCUUCAUGAUGAUUGCUCUUGUGUGUAUGAGGUUUAUGAAAGAAAACUUUCAUAAAUUAGCACAAUAGCAUGCAAAUCAAGGAACUUGGAUUCUUUUCCUGGGAUAUACUCUCUGAAGACCCCAAUUUUAUGCUAGUGACAUUAGUAGUGGGUUCAGCAUGAAAUCUGUUUUUAUAAGCAUAAGAAUGGCACCUUACAAAGAGCCCUGACUGCCUGGAAAAACCGGAGAUUCUGGCUUGCAGGUAAUACUCCUGAAAAGGUAAUUUCCUAUUAUUAUUAUUUUUUUUUUUUUUUUUGUGGUGCUGGGGACCAAACCCAGGGCCUUGUGCUUACAAGGCAAGCACUCUACCGACUGAGCUAUCUCCCCAGCCCUCCUGUUAUUCUUGAGUGGAGAGGAACUGGUUUAGAAUUAUCACAGAAAACCUGACAGCAUAAAAAGGCUGAGGCCUGCAGCAGACUCAUGUUAUCCUUGUAAUUAAACUUUUUAUGAAAACUACAUCAUUAAAUAUAAUUAUUUUAAACUUUAAACCUCUUUAGUAUAAGGAAUUUAAUAUAAAGAAUAGGAUACAAUGCUGGGCAUGGUGGCAUAUGUCUAUAAUUCCAGCUUCCCAGCUACUCGGGAGUC